AUGCCUCGAACUAUCACUCUUUCUGACGGAAAAGCUAUCCCUGCUCUCGGUUGGGGAAAUGGAUCAGGGGGAUUGAACGGUAAAGAAGAUCCUGCUAUUGAAUUUGGUAUUACAGCUUUGAAAGCUGGUAUCAAACACAUCGACACAGCUGAGCUCUACAAGACCGAAGUUGCUACUGGAGAGGCCAUCAAACAAGCAGGAGCGAAAAAGGAUGACAUCUGGGUAACCAGUAAAGGGCUCUCUGCAGCUCCUGAAGCACUGAAAGAGAACGUUAAAGAUCGAAUUGCCAAAUUAGGUUUCAAACCUGAUUUACUCCUCAUUCAUAACCCCUUCGUACCAGAAUCAGGCAAAAUCGCUCAAUUCUGGACUCUCCUCGAAGAUUUAGUGCUUGAUGGUACUCUUGAAGGUGUCAGUUUGGGUGUCAGUAACUAUAGACCUCAAGAUUUGAAAGCUGUUUUAGACGUGGCUAGAAUUAAGCCUGUCGUUAACCAACUUGAAUACCACCCUUACGUGCUUACUCAUCUUCAGCCUGUCCUUGAUAUUCAUGCUCAACAUGGUAUCGUGACUGAAGCUUACGGCCCACUCACUCCUCUUCUCAGACACCCAAGUGGUGGACCCAUCAAACCUAUCCUCGAAAGAAUCGCAGGUAGACUUUCCAAAGAAACAGGUAAAGAAGUAGAUGCUCAAUCAGUCUUACUCUUAUGGACCAUCCAAAAAGGUGUCGUGGCAGUAACUACUUCUACCAAAGUUAAGAACAUUGAAAAAAUAGUUCAAGUUGACACUCUACCUGAUUUGACUCAAGAGGAAAUUAAAGAAAUUGAAGAGACUGGAAGAAAAGUUCAUUUCAGAAACUACAAGGAACACAUGGAGAAGGAUUUUGCUACUCCCAACCUCCCCGAGGACCUCUAA